AUGGUGAAGGGUCGAUUCACCGUCAACCCUUUCAAGGAGCUGGCGCUCACUCCAGACGACAUAAGUAACCUACACGAGAUCUCCAGCGCCAUCCUCGACUCGAAUCUGUCGAGGUACGAGGACUACAUCAACGUCGACAAGGGUAAGGUCGACUCAGCGCAAUGGAAGUUGGUAAAGUCCAAGGACAACACGAGAGUUUUUCAUGAGAAAUCCACCGGAUCUAGCAACGCAGCGCCGCUCCCUCAAGCUUCCGGGUCUUCCAAGGACCUUCCGUCUCUGCUCUGCGUCGGGACCACAGUUGGAGAUAUGGAAGACAUGAUGUUUGGCGUGGUGAACCCGACGCUCGAGAUCACGCGCAUCAAGGCCUCGUAUGUUGACGACCUCAGCGGAGCUGCUGUGCUGGCCAACAUCGUCGAUCCGACGUUGGAGAACCCCUUCAACUCCCUCGUUGUCAAGUGGAUGGAGAUCGAUAUUCCGCUCCAGUCCAUGGGCCUCGUCAGGAACCGCGACUACAUCUACGUGGAGGCCACGGGCUUCGUGAAUCUAGCUAACGGCGAGAAGGUCGGCUACCACAUUCUGCACUCUGUCAACUUCCCGGAGACGCACGAGUUGCCCAACCGAGUGCGCGCGAAUCUGUCGAUCUGCGGUUUCUUCCGACAAGUCCGACCCAACGCAAGUGAGAUCUUCGUCACUGGCCUGAUGGAUCCGGGCGGUGACAUGAUCCGCAUGCUGGUGGUGCCCACAAUGGCCAAUGCGUUCUUGUCGACUCUGAAGUACGCACACUGCGGUCAGAUGAAGAAGCUUCAGUACAUGCUGGAGAAGCGAUACGCCGAGGCCAAGGAGCUGGGGACGCCGAACCGAGAGCACAUUUGCGUGACAUGCAGCCAACCGAUCACGAACCGCAGGCUUGGCGACUUUGGCAAGACCGACGCUACCUGCAAGCUCUGCUUCGGCUACGUGUGUGGCAGCUGCAAGAUCCAGAGGAAGCUGAGCUUCGUGACCCCGGAUCUGCUCUUGGCGCAGCGCAAGGUCACGUUCUGCGCCGUGUGUUUGAACGAUGCGAUCCGAGCCCCCGCAGCGGACGCUGCCAGAGCGCAACUCGUAUCAUCAGUCGGUGGGUUGUCAAAACAGCACUUGUACAACCAUGGCUCCGAGGCAAGUACCGUGUCAGAGUAUGCGUCGAGCUGUGGAUAA